AUGCCGCCAAAACGCAAAAAGACUCAAACUACUGAAAUAAAAGAAUCUGCUGAACCAGCACAAGCUGCUAAUGAAGUCUAUUCUGAAUUGAAGAAAGCAAUUCCAGAAGAAUUUGACUCACAGCUGAUUUUAAAUGAAAACGGGAAGCCAAAAAGAGGAUCUUUUGAAAUAUUUGUCACUAAAGAUGAUGGAAAGAAGUCACAAAUAUGGACAGGAUUAUCGAAAGGACCUCCUCGGAAGCUCAAAUUUCCAGGCUACGAAGAGGACUUGAAGGAUCAGUUCCAAAAAAUCAUCAAUGAAUAG